CACUAACUAACACACACUAACACACUAACACACACACACAUCAUGCCUCACACCACAUGUUAUUAGUUCUCGUGUAGUUUUACAGUUUUCGCCACCUUUAACGUUGUACUUGAUCCAUUUUUUCUGCCGGUGCUGGUGUGGGUCAGUUUGAGCAGCAGCAUUAAUGGAGCACAUGUCCUCUCCGGUCCGGUUCCGCAGCAGUAAGAGAGUUGUCCAGUCUGUCCAUCGAGGACCAGGAGGACACUCAGUUUCCUUUCGCCAUGAGGGAUCUGCCUCCCGUCUCUCAGCCUGGUGAACAGCACCAGAGAGACCAGGCAGAGGGAACUGGGACAGCACCCAACGGGAGACUCCCCAGCCUUCCCCGGACCCCCUCUCUGCCCCGUCACUGCCCCCUUGCUGGCUCUCCAACAGUCCCUCCCCGACCAAAUCGCGUGAGACCGGACGCAGUGUUUCAGCCCCAGCUGCUGAGGAGGCAGCUCGUCUCUCAGGUGUCUAUGGACUGUCCGUCUAGCCCGGUCUCGCGUCCACAAAGCCCCUGGAGUCGCUUUGACCCCUACGACGCUCCAGAGGAUCAUGACAAGGAGUAUGUGGGUUUUGCCACAUUGCCCAACCAGGUUCACAGAAAGACUGUGAAGAAAGGUUUCACAUUUACGCUUAUGGUGGCAGGGGAGUCUGGCCUCGGUAAAUCCACACUAAUCAACAGUUUGUUCCUCACGGACCUCUACAAAGACAGGAAGGUUCCUAAUGCACAGGAGCGGAUCAAUCAAACAGUCGACAUUGUCAAACACACAGUUAGCAUUGAGGAGAAAGGAAUCAAACUGAGGCUCACCAUCAUAGACACACCAGGGUUCGGAGACGCCAUCAACAACACAGAAAGCUGGAAGCAAAUAGAAGACUACAUUGACCAGCAGUUUGAACAGUACUUCAGAGACGAGAGUGGGUUGAACAGAAGGAACAUCCAGGACAACAGAGUCCACUGCUGCCUCUACUUCAUCUCUCCAUUUGGCCACGGUCUUCGACCUCUGGAUGUGGAGUAUAUGAAGGCCCUGCAUGAAAAAGUCAACAUAGUUCCCAUUUUGGCCAAAGCUGACAGCCUGACAAAAGCAGAGGUCUACAAAAAGAAGAUAAAGAUCAUAGAGGAGAUCAAGCAGUUUGGGAUCAACAUCUACCAGUUUCCCGACUGUGAUUCAGAUGAGGACGAAGACUUUAAGAGACAGGACCAGAUACUCAAGGACAGCAUCCCGUUUGCAGUAAUUGGGAGUAAUGUUCAGGUGGAGAGUGAAGGGCGCAAGUUCAGGGGUCGUGCUUAUCCCUGGGGUGUGGUAGGAGUGGAGGACCCGGCUCACUCCGACUUCCUACUGCUGAGAAACAUGCUGGUGAGGACGCACAUGGAGGACCUAAAAGAAGUGACGCAGGACACGCACUAUGAAAACUACAGGGCCCAGUGCAUCCAGAACAUGACGCGCAUGGUGGUGCAGGAGAGGAAGCGCAGUUUACGUGAGAAGCAUCGAGAGGUGAGCGAGACAGAUUUUCCUCUGCCGCUGGCCGCUGUUGACACCGAGAGGGAUAGACUCAUCUUUGAGAAGGACGAAGAGCUGAGGAAGAUGCAGGAGGUGCUGGAGAGGAUUCAGGAGCAGAUGCAGCACAGCCAGAGAGGUGGCUGCUGAUCAUCUCCCACAAUUCUCUGGGAGAGGAGACCAACAAGGAGCGCCCAGGAACACAGAGGAGGCUCUGUUUGUGUAAAAAAAAA